GCGCUCGGUCUUUCUUUCCCCGUUAACGGUGAAGGUGCAACAGUAAUCGGUCGUCCCGAAUCCCGGGUUCAUCCGACACCCUCACCAACCAGCUGAACUGAGUUCAACCUUCGCAGCAGCAUCAUGCCUCCUAAAUUCGACCCCAACGAGGUUAAAGUUGUGUUCAUGAGAUGCACAGGAGGAGAAGUCGGCGCCACCUCAGCUCUGGCUCCCAAAAUCGGACCUCUGGGUCUGUCUCCUAAGAAGGUCGGUGACGACAUCGCCAAGGCAACCGGAGACUGGAAAGGUCUGAGGAUCACUGUGAAGCUGACCAUCCAGAACAGACAGGCAGCGAUUGAGGUCGUUCCAUCUGCAUCAGCUCUGAUCAUCAAAGCUCUGAAGGAACCUCCUCGUGACAGGAAGAAGGUCAAGAACAUUAAACACAGCGGCAGCGUGAGCUUCGAUGAGAUCGUGAACAUCGCUCGCGUCAUGAGGCCUCGUUCCAUCGCCAGGGAGCUCGCUGGAACCAUCAAGGAGAUCCUCGGCACCGCUCAGUCUGUCGGCUGCACCAUCGACGGACGCCAUCCCCAUGAUGUCAUCGAUGACAUCAACAGCGGCAAAGUGGAAUGCCCGUCUGACUGAACAGGACACGAAUAAAAUGUGGAGAAAAACCCAA